UUUGGAAGGCUUCCUGUUCCUUUUCAAUUUUCAGAGUGAGAUGUUAUUACUUUGUUCGCUGACAUAGCCAAACAUGUAUUCCCCACUUAUUAUUAUUAUCCUGUGUUAUUGGUUAUUAAACAGUCAUUUAUUACUCUAAAAGGGCCUUGUACUGCAGAAUAAUUACUUUUUGAGUAAGCCGUAAUAUUCCUGUACUUAACUUAAUAUUUUAAGUGCAAAACAUCCACCAAACAAAUAAGUAUAACCCUUUCCUCCAGUUAACUGUGUUCCAAUUCUGAGUUUUCUGAGGGCUAAACUUCAAGUUCAGGAGGUUUUUUUAUCACUCAAAACUAUAUAAAACGCAGUUGAAAUAAAACGUUUUUUUGAAAGGGACCAAAGAGAGCACAACAUCUCAAAGACAAACCAGAAAAAAUGAAAGGAUUCCAGGUGCAUCCCAACAUUUAUGCUCAAAUAACAUUUAUAGAGCAGAGAGUGAUUCAAUAAAUAAAAAUGUCUAUGCAAAGUAAAUACUUACUCAUAAACAUAGUAAAAUACUCAAGAAGCAAUACAAAAGAAUGUGAGAGCUGAUUGGCCAUUUCUAAUUAUGAUCUCUGUUCUCAUUGAUAUUAUAUAACUUUGUGUAACGUGAAUCUGCUCCAACAACCUCAGAAAAUAACAAGUUAAUAAAACAUGAUUUGUGUGUUUGAGGCUUUAAUUACAGAGAAAGUAAUAGAGUGUGUCCCUGCAGUGAGUGGAUCCGGUCAGAUCUCCAUAGAUCACUUCUGAUCAGCUGUCAGCUUCUUAUUGACUUCCCACCGGAGCGGCUGUUUGCGUUUGAGCAGAGAGGCAUUUAACGGUUUACGGGGUUCCGGAGUGGCAUUUGGACACGAGGUGUAGCACCGGAUAGGAGUUUGUUUUCCGUCUCGUAACGGGACAGGACAAAUAAAGCAGCCUGUGGAGUGAGAGGGAGCCGCAGAGCUACAGCUGGACCCCGAGAGAGGCGGUCAGGUGCGGUGUUACCAUCCAAAUUUGUGCAAAAGACGCGGGAGAAACAACUUCAUUUACUCUGUUGGAUUAAAUCAAUGUCUUCCUCCUAAUGAAAAUAAACCAUUAUACACCAGUUGGUUGUUCUGCUGCCCACCGGAGCCAGUCAAGUCUUUAUAAACGCACUGAAAUCAGUUCGUGCAUACUAAUCGAAACUAAUCCAUAAUUCCACACAGUGAUCAGUUCCUCGGGAACACGGAGCACACACACUCUCACACACAUCAGCGGCGUCACCGGGUUGUACUUGUGAAACUGCGUGAGGAGGAUCGAUGUUUCCCUCCUGAUCAAUAAGCAGAGUGUGUGAUCAGUUCGGGCUCUGCAGGGUCAGUGCGCACAGUCCACGGCCGCACACACACCGAGCAGCCGGGCAGCGGAGCGAGUGGAGGACCGGAGCCGGAGAGCAGACAGGAGAGCAGCGGAGAGGAGGUGGCGCUCCGUUCUGCGUCCGGGACACACCGACUCACUCUCUCUCCCCCUCCCUCUCUCUUCUUUACCGUCUCCUCCUGUUGGAGAUAACAUUAACGGAAAGCAGCUGUCGGUUGUUUUAGAGGCGAGGCGGCCGUCUGGCAGCUCAGGGAUCCCGUUGUGCCCUUUCUUUCUUCCUCCCCAGUUAUCUUUCUCCGCCGACACUACUGCACCGCGCACACCGUCCCGAGCACCGAGGAGCCGCACCAUCGCACGCCGGCCACAGCGCGCCGCAGCACGGAUAGACAUGUUGCUGAGGUCCGCUGGUCACCGAGAAUCUCCGGCGGUUUGAAAUGCAGUUUCGGGACAAUUUGGAGAUUAGCACCAUCCAACGGCACCGGCCGCACUCGCCUCAGCACCGACACCACACCGGACUUCCCUGUGAUUUACAUUUUUUUUAAUUUUCAGUUUUCAUAACGGGGCUUUGCUCUUCUUGCUGGAGAUGUUCAUCGUGUCAGGACAGAAAGUUGUGCGCUCCCCGGCGGAGGGCCUCUAACAGGUCCGGACAGUACAUGUAACCUGAGGCGGGGUCAAAGUUCAGCCCUGGUUGGAAAUGUGAAAGCGAAGGGGGCAAAAGGAGGGCUCUGUUUCCCCUCUCUCACUCCUGUUUUCUGUUCCUUCCUUUUUCACACACAUAAACACACACACACACACACGCGCGCACACACACACACACACACACACACACACACACACACACACACACACCGGCUGGAGUUACAGUAACCUACACACACAUAAACACACGCCUUCCAGAUCUAAGAUUAGAUCGACAGAUAUGUAUUCUCCGCUAUGUUUAACACAGGAUGAAUUCCAUCCUUUCAUCGAGGCCCUGCUCCCCCACGUCCGGGCCUUCGCCUACACAUGGUUCAACCUGCAGGCCCGCAAGAGGAAGUACUUCAAGAAGCAUGAGAAGCGCAUGUCCAAGGAGGAGGAGCGUGCCGUGAAGGACGAGCUGCUGGGCGAGAAGCCGGAGGUCAAACAGAAGUGGGCGUCUCGCCUCCUGGCCAAGUUGCGCAAGGACAUCCGGCCCGAGUUCAGAGAGGACUUUGUGCUGACGGUGACGGGGAAGAAGGCUCCGUGCUGUGUGCUCUCCAACCCUGACCAGAAGGGCAAGAUGAGGAGGAUCGACUGCCUGCGCCAGGCGGACAAAGUGUGGAGGCUGGACCUGGUCAUGGUGAUUUUAUUCAAAGGGAUUCCCCUCGAAAGUACUGACGGGGAGAGGCUGGUAAAGUCUCCUCAGUGUUCAAACCCCACCCUGUGUGUGCAGCCGCAUCACAUUGGAGUUUCAGUUAAGGAGCUGGAUCUCUACCUGGCCUACUUCGUGCACGCCG